AUGGCGCCCAGGCAGCGGCACCGGCAGCUGCGCCUCCUGCCCCUCCUCGCCGCGGCCGCCGUCGCGUGCUCGCUGCUGCGCGCGUGCGCCGCCGCUGCGGGCACGGGCACGCUGGGCCUCCGGCAGCACAGGCCCGCGAGGCAGCACAACGGCACGCGGCACGGGGGCGGGCGCCAGCGUGGCGGCGGCAGGGCAGGCUCCCCCGGCACCGGCAUGGCGUCGUGCAACCUGUUCCAGGGAAGCUGGGUGUACGACGACACGCUGCCGAUGUACGACACGGCGGGGUGCCCCUUCGUGGAGCCGGAGUUCGACUGCCAGAAGUACGGCCGCCCCGACAAGCUGUACCUCAAGUACCGGUGGCGCCCGACCUCCUGCGAGCUCCCGAGGUUCAACGGGCAGGAGUUUCUGAGGCGAUGGAAGGGGAAGAAGAUACUGUUCGUGGGGGACUCCAUCAGCCUGAACCAGUGGGAGUCGCUCGCGUGCAUGCUGCACGCCGCCGCACCGGCGUCCAAGGUCGCCUACGCCAGGGGCAACCCCGUCUCCAGCGUCACGUUCCAGGACUACGGGGUGUCGGUGGCCUACUACCGGAGCACGUACCUCGUGGACAUCGUCGAGGAGUCCGUCGGCCGGGUGCUCAAGCUCGACUCCAUCACCGGCGACGCCUGGCUCGGCGCCGACGUCCUCGUCUUCAACACGUGGCACUGGUGGACGCACACCGGCAGGGACCAACCGUGGGACUACGUCCAAGACGGAGGGCAGGUGAUGAAGGACAUGGACCGGCUCACGGCCUUCUCCAAGGGGAUGUCCACAUGGGCCAGGUGGGUCGACUCCAACGUCGACACCUCCAGGACCAAGGUCUACUUCCAGGGCAUCUCGCCGACCCACUACAACGGAGCCGACUGGGGCGAGGGCUCACGGAGCUGCGCGCAGCAGACGCAGCCGGUCGCCGGGUCGGCGUACCCCGCCGGCCCCGUCCCGGCGCAGGGCGCGGUGCGGGCCGCGCUGGGCGGCAUGUCCAAACCGGUGUACCUGCUCGACGUGACGCUGCUGUCGCAGCUCAGGCGGGACGGCCACCCAUCGGCCUACAGCGGCGGCCACCCGGGAAACGACUGCAGCCACUGGUGCCUCGCCGGUGUGCCAGACACAUGGAACCAGAUCCUCUACGCAUCGCUCCUGGCAUAG